GUCUGAUGACUGCAUAAUGUCGUUUUUGUGGCAGGUACACUGUACAAUUUGUACUCGUUUUCACCGGAUCUUGCGAAGUACAGGCAGGAAGCACAUAGAAUCCACGUCGCCAAGCCAAGAAGACUCCGCUGCCGACCGGUCUACUAGCUCGACUAGUGUCUCACGGUGGCCGGGCGCUUUGACCAAACACUACCAGUCUACGUGGAAACAUGCCUCUCCGUUUGGACAUCAAGCGGAAGUUAACCGCUCGUUCGGACCGUGUGAAGAGUGUGGACCUUCACCCAACUGAGCCAUGGAUGGUUGCCAGCCUGUACAAUGGCAGUGUCUGUGUCUGGAACCAUGAGACACAGACCCUGGUGAAGACAUUCGAGGUGUGUGACCUGCCUGUAAGAGUGGCUAAAUUUGUUGCCAGGAAGCACUGGGUUGUUGCUGGAGCCGAUGACAUGCAGAUCCGUGUGUUUAACUACAACACGCUGGAAAGAGCUCACAUGUUUGAGGCCCAUGCUGACUACAUCCGCUGCAUAGCAGUCCACCCAACUCAACCAUACCUCCUCACCAGCAGUGAUGACAUGCUGAUCAAGUUGUGGGACUGGGACAGGAAGUGGGUGUGUGGUCAGGUGUUUGAAGGCCACACCCACUACGUCAUGCAGAUAGUCAUCAACCCCAAAGACAACAACCAGUUUGCCAGCGCCUCCCUGGACAGGACAAUUAAGGUAUGGCAGUUGGGUUCACCUGCUCCUAACUUCACUCUGGAGGGCCAUGAGAAGGGAGUCAACUGUGUUGACUAUUACAGUGGAGGGGAUAAGCCCUACCUAAUAUCAGGGGCUGACGACCGCCUCGUCAAGAUAUGGGACUACCAGAAUAAGACGUGUGUACAGACCCUGGAGGGUCACGCCCAGAAUGUUUCCUGUGUCAGCUUCCACCCUGAGCUGCCAAUCAUCCUCACCGGCUCUGAGGAUGGCACAGUACGAGUCUGGCAUUCCAGCACGUAUCGGCUGGAGAGCACCCUGAACUACAGCAUGGAGCGCGUGUGGUGUGUGUGUGGCCGGCGUGGCUCUAACAGUGUGGCGCUGGGAUACGAUGAAGGCAGCAUCAUCAUAAAGUUGGGUCGUGAUGAGCCCGCUAUGUCUAUGGACAUUAAUGGGAAGAUCAUGUGGGCCAAGCACUCCGAGGUCCAACAGGCCAACCUGAAGGCCAUGGGAGACUCUGAGAUAACGGACGGGGACAGGCUGACUCUGGCUGUCAAAGACAUGGGCAGUUGUGAGAUCUACCCCCAGACCAUCCAACACAACCCCAACGGAAGGUUUGUGGUUGUGUGCGGGGAUGGAGAGUACAUCAUCUAUACAGCCAUGGCCCUGAGAAACAAGAGCUUUGGUUCAGCACAAGAGUUUGUCUGGGCUCAUGACUCCUCCAUGUAUGCUACCCGCGAGAGCACCAGCAUGAUCAAAAUCUUCAAGAACUUCAAGGAGACUAAGUGUUUCAAGCCGGACUUUGGGGCAGAAGGCAUCCAUGGUGGUUUCUUGCUGGGCGUCAGGUCAGCGAGUUGUCUUGCCUUCUAUGACUGGGAGAAAACGGAACUGGUCCGCCGCAUCGAGAUCCAGGCUAAACACGUCUUCUGGUCAGAGGCUGGGGACCUGUUGUGUAUUGCCACUGAGGAGUCUUUCUUUGUGCUGCGCUACCUGGCAGAGAAGGCGGCGACAGCACACGAGACCAAGGAGGGAGUCACAGAAGAUGGCAUAGAGGACGCCUUCGAGGUUUUGGGGGAGAUUCACGAGGUGGUGAAGACGGGUCUGUGGGUGGGAGACUGUUUCAUUUAUACAAGCUCAGUCAAUAGACUCAACUACUAUGUAGGAGGAGAGAUUGUUACCAUCGCCCAUCUGGACAGAACUAUGUACCUGUUGGGCUACAUCCCUAAGGAUGACCGGCUGUACCUUGGUGAUAAGGAGCUCAACAUUGUCUCCUACUCUCUGCUGGUGUCAGUACUGGAGUACCAGACGGCUGUGAUGAGGAGGGACUUUGGUACGGCUGACAAGGUCCUACCGACCAUUCCUAAAGAGAUGAGAGUCAGGGUGGCCCAUUUCCUAGAGAAACAGGGUUUCAAACAGCAGGCCCUGGCUGUGUCCACGGAUUCAGAACACAGGUUUGAGUUGGCUCUGCAGCUGGGAGAACUGAAGAUCGCUUACCAGCUGGCUGUAGAAGCCGAGUCGGAGCAGAAAUGGAAGCAGCUGGCAGAGCUCGCCACCACUAAGAGCCAAUUCGCCCUGGCCCAGGAGUGUCUGCACAGUGCCCAGGACUACGGUGGGCUCCUGCUGCUGGCCACCGCCUCGGGCAACGCCAGCAUGGUGGGCAAGCUGGCCGAGGGGGCAGAGAGAGACGGCAAGACCAACGUGGCUUUCCUCACUUAUUUCCUGCAGGGGAAGCUGGACAAAUGUCUGGAGCUCCUCAUUAAAACUAACCGUCUGCCAGAGGCUGCAUUCCUGGCCAGAACAUACCUGCCCAGCCAUGUGUCUAGAGUGGUUAAGCUCUGGAAGGAGAGUCUGGGGUUGGUGAACAAGAAGGCAGCUGAUGCAUUGGCCGAUCCUAUGGACUACAGCAACCUGUUCCCUGGCCUGCAGGAGGCCUUCCUGGCUGAAUGCUACCUGAAGGAGACCCACGUCAGGCUGAGACCAGCUGCCGAGUACCCCCUCAUCAAUUCCAAUGAGGACCGGAAUGUUCUGGAGGAAUCUGCUGGCUAUGAGCCAAAGACAGUGCCAGCUGGACCGGAGGUGGUGGUUGAGAGUAUGGGUGAGACCACUGUAAUGGGUGCACUGUUAGGAACCCCUCUAAUGGCUGCAGUGGUGCAGCCUGCUGCUCCAAAAGCUCCAGUUGUGGAAGAGUCCAUUGUCAUGGAGGUGGGAGAACCUGUGGAAGAGUCCAUUGUCAUGGAGGUGGUGGAACCUGUGGAAGAUUCCAUUGCAGGAGAGGAGUCUAUCCCAGUGACAGUAGUGGAACCAACUGUGGCACAAUCCAUUGAGGUGGCUGAAGAGCAACCUGUUAUUGUCAAAGUGGAAACUCCCAAGUCAGAGGAGAUAUCAGCAGUGGAUGUUACCAUCACUAAAAUAGAGGAGGAAAUAGUUCCUGUCACCACAGAACAAGAUGUGUUGGGAGAUGCCAUCAUUGAAGUUCUCCGCUCGGUGCAGGAGGUAGCACAGCCUGUUCCAGAGGAACACGUCACAAGAUCAACUCAAGAGGCUGUCCAGAAAGAACCUACCGCAACAGAGGAAGGACUUUUCACUGAGGUACCGACCAAAAUAAUAGCAACAGAGGAGGUACUGGUUACCAAAGCAGUAUUGGAGGUUGUAGUAAGUGGGGAGGUACCAGAAACCGAAUCCAUAGAUGCUUUUGGGGAAGCAGAGGUCCCCAUUGUCACGACAAUCCUUGAAGCCAUAGUAACAGAUCAAGAACAAACCCCAGCAUCAUUAAUAAAUCACGUCCCAUUGAUAGACCACGCCCCAGCGACAGAACCAGCCCUAACCCCAGUCCCAUUGAUAGACCACACCCCAGCGACAGAACCAGCCCAAACCCCAGUCCCAUUGAUAGACCACGCCCCAGUGACAGAACCAGCCCAAACCCCAUUCCCAUUGAUAGACCACGCCCCAGUGACAGAACCAGCCCUAACCCCAGUCCUAUUGAUAGACCACGCCCCAGCGACAGAACCAGCCCUAACCCCAGUCCCAUUGAUAGACCACGCCCCAGCGACAGAACCAGCCCUAACCCCAGUCUCAUUGAUAGACCACACCCCAGCGACAGAACCAGCCCUAACCCCAGUCCCAUUGACUGAACCAGCCCAAACCCCAGUCCCAUUGACAGACCACACCCCAGCGACAGAACCAGCCCUAACCCCGGGCUCAUUGACAGACCGCGCCCCAGCGACAGAACCAGCCGUAACCCUGGGCCCAUUCAUAGACCACGCCCCAGCGACAGAACCAGCCGUAACCCCGGGCCCAUUCAUAGACCACGCCCCAGCGACAGAACCAGCCCUAACCCCAGUCCCAUUGAUAGACCACGCCCCAGCGACAGAACCAGCCGUAACCCAGGGCCCAUUCAUAGACCACGCCCCAGUGACAGAACCAGCCGUAACCCCAGCGAAAGAACCAGCCAUAACCCCAGGCCCAUUCAUAGACCACGCCCCAUCAACAGAACCAGCUGUAACUCCAGCGACAGAACCAGCCCUAACCCUGGGCCCAUUGAUAGACCACGCCCCAGCGACAGAACCAGCCGUAACUCCAGUCCCAUUGAUAGACCACGCCUCUGCGACAGAACCAGCUGUAACUCCAGCAACAGAACCAGCCUUAACCCCAGGCCCAUUGUUGGAGGAUCAGGCUGCACCAGCCCCAAACGUAAGGACACAAGAGGCAGCCCCUGCACUAGCAGCAUCCAUGGACAUUCUGGACCUGACUGAUGAGGGCCUCGAUGAUCUUGACUUUGACUGCUUUGAUCUGGACGAGGAUAUCGACACCACAGACAUCAACUUGGAUGAUUUCUUGGAGGACUGAGUCUCAGCUGAACUCCACUUAGUGACAAAAUAACUUGGUGUUAUUCAAAUGCAUGGACGGGUGUGGUUGGUGGGGGGUUAACUUAACACUAAAACUGGUAAAAGGUGCAAUAGAGGAAUUUGUAAAAGUUAUGCUUUGAAACAUCAUAGGAAGGGUUUUGUAGGAUUGUUGUGCACAGGGUCUCCUUUAUUAGUGUUGUUUUAAAACGACUGAUCUUGCGAAGUGUGUACUAAAUGUGACCCUGGUUUGAGAGCGUUUGUACAGGACUUUGUACCUCAUCAAACUCGAAGUAACCUACAGUUUAGGAUGUGAAAGAGUAAUGGGCAUGCUAUUUUUAGCUCUUCUAAAAUGGGAAAAGUUUACUUGUCUUCACCAGAGUCUAAGCUCUCUUGGCUCAGGUCUGUCUUUAGGUCAGGUCCUCUCCACAGGUGGGGAGCCUGCAGGAUAUCUCUGCUCUGCCUAGUGCCUUUUAUUCUACUGCUGUUUUAUAGGGAAUAAUGGUUCAAAACACGGAUCUGAGUGCCUUAUCAAGGUCCAAGAUAGAAAGGGCAUUAUGUCCUGUUCUAGAAUUAUUAUUAUUUUUUUUAUCUGCUAAAUAAAGAUGCAGUGUUAACAUUCAGAAAAUGUCAUAUUAAAACAGUAUAUAAACACUAA